ACAAGGGGAGGGGUGCUGCUCGCAUACCGUGAUCUACACUGUGAUCACUCAGGGUAACUGACGUUCUUGAUUCAUCAUCCGACGACCUCACGAGCCGCAUGGCUAUAUAAGCUCGGGGACACUGCUGUUCAGAAAACAACCUCAAGAAACUGACCUCAGUUCAUCACCAAAGAUCUUGCCCAGAUUAAUCAGCAGUGCCCUCAGUGCCUUGACCGACUCCCCCAGCCUCAGCAUGCUGCCUGGGAGAGACGCUGCUGUCCGGCAGUGCAUCCUGACGAGCCGCUGGCUGCCCACAGCUCUGACGCUGCUCCUGCUGCUGUCCUCCAGCUUCAGCCGCGCUCAGAGCACCACGGUGGAGCACGACUUCCACAUCGUUCACAACGUAGACAACAGAAGUCCAGAGAUAGACCCGUUCUGGUACGUGGGCCGUGGAGUGCGACCCAUAGGGCGCUUUGGGAAGAGGCACAGCAGCAUGGAUGCUCUUGGAAACAGUGGGAUGCAGCCUGUCCUAAGGACUUUGGAGCUGCUGCUCAACAGCCUCAGAAAAAAGGAAAACCUUGAAAAAGUAAUCAGUGGAGAGGAAAAUGUUUGGUUACCAUGACGCCAUGUUCUUGCCUUCUGUCCACAAACCUUUUUUUAUUCUCUUAACUGAAGUUGUACAUUCAUUUCUUUUAAUGUAAGCUAUGAGGUUAGCCAUACGUGCAUAAUUCAUUCAUCAUAAAGUAUUUACACAUAAAAGAAUACAAUGUAUAUUUAUCAAUAAAUAAGAAUGUUGUUAGGAUACCAGUUAACGGUGUCGAUUUCUUGAGCUUGCAGACGCACAACAAAAUGUUUGCUUCAAACUAAACAGGUUUCCUUCAAGUUUGCAAAUUUUAUUUCAUAAUACAUUUUAUUUCUGAAUAUUGUGGCACAUAGAGAAUCUGUAUUUUUUGCAUUUUAAUAUUUUCCCCAACAUGUCAUAUGGAUUGCAACAAACGAUUACACAUUAAAAAAAGUGAAUGGCCCGCCUUUGGAGCUGUGCACAGUGUUGCUCGGACUGGAUUUAAACAGGAACAAAAGCAAUUUCUGUUUCCAUGCCAUUCACUUUCAUUUUCAAGAAUCCCAGUAUAAGAUGAGAUUACUGGCAUCUUAUAGCUACAAUUUUAACUUCCUGUAUGAAUCCAGCCUCACAAGUUAUAGCAAUUUUUACAGUCUCUUGCACACAACACCGAAAGAACCGACUGGGCAAUAAACAUGUGGCACUAUAUCAUAUCCAUCUCUUUUUAACACAUAUACAUACAUUAACAAACAUUUUGAUGAGAUAUUAUUGUUCUUUACAUUAGAAAAAUACAGGACACCGAUGAUUGGACCCUUGCAGAUGUGCUUUUCAUGAAAAACUUUACACCGAUCCCAUAAAACCAGAAACAUGCUUUUAUACUACAACACCUUUUGGAGAACAAGACUGACAAAAGUACAGAAUCAGUGUGUGCAAACUGAAAGAUGUGAAAGGCUGCGAUGAAAAGGUCACUAAUAGAAGAGGGAAGAGCAUUCAUACAGAGCAUCAUCACAUCUUUUAUGCAGUCCAUCAGGACAUCCAACCCUGUUUUUAUAUUUCGCCAAAGCAAACGAACAACCAAGUGCAUGGCUAAAUCAGAUUCUGAUUCAUGUAAGUCGUCACCGAGUAAAGAAAAGUUACCCAGAAUGAAAGGCAGUCUCCUCAAAUCUAGUGUCUAAGGAGUAUACAAGUACAGUGUGAACCACACUGGCCACUUUAAACAUGCCUUUUGUAGCAACCUGUUUUUGUAACACUCAUGUCACCGCUGCUGAUAAAUGAAGGCUUACACUGAAAGCAGUUUGAAUCACCACAUGAGUCUGGUAGAACUAAUUAGGGGUCCUUAGAGGAUAGGAUAAAGCCUUUAAUUUGUAAUAGUCCUUAUUUCUGUGAUAUUGCAUAAAAAUGUUCUGCAAGUACAAAAAUAAACUGUUUGUAACAAAAUCAUGUUUUCAUGACAUUUAUAAUAUAGCACAUUAGAUGUUAUUGUGUAAAAAUCUCAACAAGAUUUUUAUGAUUAAAACACAAAUGUUCAGCUAUGACCCGGAAAAGGAUACAACAAAAACAAACAUUUUAUUUGAAAAAGAAAGGC